GAGCCUGCGUGACUGUUCUUGGAGUUGAGGUGGGAGGGCGACUUUCCCGAACUCCUCAGGUCUGCGCGAGCUCGGAGCGCGGCCAGAGCCGUCGCUGGCCCUGGCUGAGCCCCAGCCCUCCGCCCUCCGUCCUGCCCAUCGCGGCGAUUACCCGGGAGAGCCAGGGGUUCCCUUUGCCCACAGCCACGGCGCAUUUCUCAAAAUGGAGCCUCGGCUUGCCCCUCCUUCUCAGUCGGGCUCUGAGAGCGGGAGCCCUACUGGCUGGGCCUGGCGGGCCGGCUUGCGGCGCUCUGGGUCUGGGGGGCCUUGGCUCCUUGCGGUUCCGGGGCCUGGCGCCAUGGGCCGGCCGGCCUGGCUUCCUCGGCCGCCUGACCCCCGCGCCUCCCUGAGCCUUUGUCUCGGCCUUUGGCUCUUUCUCCGAGUGGGCCCGUCGCCUCCCUUCAGUUUUCACUUUCUCUGUGCUCCCUGAAGAGGAGAAAUGCGGACAGAAAUGCCAGCCCGCAUGGCCCCUUCCCCGGUCCUGUCUGUACCCUGCGUGGCCCUGCAGAGGGAGGAGGAGGCUGCCGGGUGCCCGCGUCGCCCAGGGCUGGAGCUUGGGGUGCUGUCAGGCCCCAGCCCUGCAGCCAGGCCCACCAUUGCUCCCAGCAGCUCCUCCGGCAGUGUGGACUGACACCGACCUGGUUCUUGGUGUCUUUUCACUUGGGUAGAGAGGAAAGGGACGAAUUCGAUGGAACACAAGCAAGAAAGAAGGGGAACAGCUCGGACAAAGGUUGUCCUGGAGGCCCCUGGCCAGGCCCGAGCCUCCACCGCCAUGGCCAUCGUGCACACUCUGCCAGUGCCGCUGGAGCCCGCUCCUGAGGCCGCCACUGCCGCACAAGCUCCAGCCAUGGGCAGUGUGAGCAGCCUCAUCUCUGGCCGGCCCUGCCCCAGCGGACCUGCUCCUUCCCGCCACCAUGGCCCUCCAGGGCCCACCUUCUUCCGCCAGCAGGAUGGGCUGCUGCGGGGUAGCUACGAGGCACAGGAGCCACUGUGCCCAGCCGUGCCCCCCAGGAAGACUGUGCCCGGCGCCAGCUUCACCUACAUCAAUGAGGACUUCCGGACAGAGUCACCCCCCAGCCCAAGCAGCGACGUGGAGGAUGCCCGAGGUCAGCAGGCUCGCAGUGCCCACCUCCGUGGCCCCCCACCCAAGCUCAUCCCUGUCUCGGGAAAGUUGGAGAAGAACAUGGAGAAGAUCCUGAUCCGCCCGACAGCCUUCAAGCCCGUGCUGCCCAAACCUCGAGGGGCGCCGGCCCUGCCUGGCUUCCUGGGGCCGCGGGCCACCGGGCUGUCCGGGAGCCAGGGCAGCCUGACACAGCUGUUUGGUGGCCCUGCUUCCUCCUCCUCCUCUUCCUCUUCCUCCUCGGCUGCCGACAAACCCCUGGCCCUGAGCGGCUGGGCCAGUGGCUGCCCGUCGGGAACGUUGUCUGACUCUGGCCGAAACUCCCUGUCCAGCCUGCCCACCUACAGCACUGGGGGCGCUGAGCCCGCUGCCAGCUCCCCCGGCGGACACCUGUCCUCCCACGGCCCUGCUCGGGGGCCACUGCCUGGGCCAGCCCGAGGGGCCCCCACUGGGCCCUCCCACUCGGACAGCGGCCGGUCCUCCUCCAGCAAGAGCACAGGAUCCCUGGGGGGCCGCGUGGCUGGGGGCCUCCUGGGCAGUGGGGCCCGGGCCUCCCCUGACAGCAGCUCCUGCGGGGAGCGCUCCCCGCCGCCCCCACCGCCCCCACCCCCGUCGGACGAGGCCCUGCUGCACUGUGUUCUGGAAGGAAAGCUGCGUGACCGGGAGGCGGAGCUGCAGCAGCUGCGGGACAGUCUGGACGAGGGCGAGGCCACCGUGUGCCAGGUGCUGGAGGAGAGGCAGCGGCCACGGCCGUGGGAGCGGGAGGCGCAGGCGCAGCAGGCGGCCCAGCGGGCCCAGCGGGCGCAGCAGCUGCUGCAGCUGCAGGUGUUCCAGCUGCAGCAGGAGAAGCGGCAGUUGCAGGAUGACUUCGCGCAGCUGCUGCAGGAGCGCGAGCAGCUGGAGCGGCGCUGCGCCACCUUUGAGCGGGAGCAGCGGGAGCUCGGCCCGCGGCUCGAGGAGACCAAGUGGGAGGUGUGCCAGAAGUCGGGCGAGAUCUCCCUGCUGAAGCAGCAACUGAAGGAGUCUCAGGCAGAGCUGGUGCAGAAGGGCAGCGAGCUGGUGGCCCUGCGGGUGGCCCUGCGGGAGGCCCGGGCAGCACUGCGGGUCAGUGAGGGCCGGGCACGGGGCCUGCAGGAGGCAGCCCGGGCACGAGAGCUGGAGUUGGAGACCUGUUCCCAGGAGCUUCAGCGGCACCGCAAGGAAGCCGAGCGGCUACGUGAGAAGGCCGGGCAGCUGGACGCCGAGGCAGCUGGGCUCCGGGAGCCCCCCGUGCCCCCUGCUGCCACUGACCCCUUCCUCCUGGCUGAGAGUGACGAGGCCAAGGUGCAGCGGGCGGCAGCCGGGGUGGGGGGCAGCCUGCGGGCACAGGUGGAGCGGCUGCGGGCGGAGCUGCAGCGGGAGCGGCGGCGUGGCGAGGAGCAGCGGGACAGCUUCGACGGGGAGCGGCUGGCCUGGCAGGCGGAGAAGGAGCAGGUGAUCCGCUACCAGAAGCAGCUGCAGCACAACUACAUCCAGAUGUGCCGGCGCAACCGGCAGCUGGAGCAGGAGCUGCAGCAGCUCAGCCUGGAGUUGGAGGCCCGGGAGCUGGCCGACCUAGGCCUGGCCGAGCCGGCCCCCUGCAUCUGCCUGGAGGAGAUCACGGCCACCGAGAUCUAGGGUCGGGGCGUCCCGCUCCACAGGGAGCUCUGCCCAGGGCAGCAGCCACAGGUCGCUCAGGCCCCGGGACCCACUGAGCAUCCCCGGGUUGGAGGACCCCAGGGCCACUUGUUUCCCUGGGAUCCCAGCCCCUGGGCCUCUGCGAGCACUCGGGUUGCCAUGUGACAUGGAGGAGCAAGGUCAGGCCCCUCGAGGGUCGCUGUGUUCACUGUCACCCAGAGCCCCCGUUCACUAUAUCUGUGUCACUCCCCAGCUGCUGCCCGUGCCACUGCCAACACCAUCCAGCCCAGCUGCCUGCCAGCCCACUCCAGCCAGGAGAGCUCAGAGGGGAAGGGGCCCCUCAUCUCCACAUUCUUCCCCCACCCCAAAGCCAGAGAGAGCCAGAUGGCGCCAGCUGCUCCAGAUGUGCCUGCCCCUACCCUGCCUGUGCUGGGGGCUGGGGCUGGGACCGGGAUCCGCUCCCCAGGUUCCAGCCCUGCUGCCCCCUCCUCAGGUGAGGGGCUGAAGUCAGACCAAAGGAAGAACUCAGAAAUGUCUUGUUUAUUUGUGUUUGUGACCAAGCAGUCCCUCCCAACACCCAGGUUUAUGGCCUCGUUUUCAAGUGUAUAUUUUUCACACUGUAAAUUUGUACAAACCCAAAGAAAAAAUUA